UGACCAGUCCUCGAAGAUUUGAUUUUGGAACACUGUGUUUAUGGUACGAGGGAUUUCUAUGUUUCAAGUAGUACCCUGAAACUCUUGAAUAUUUAUCACUGGGAGGACGAGGGUAGUUUGCGAGACUGCGGUCUUAAAGUUCGUGCACCAAAUCUUGUUUCCUUCUUCUACCAGGGUAGGGUUGCAAAGGAAUUUGUCUUAUCCACCUCUCCAAAACUAAUUGAAGCUGAUGUAUAUUUCUUUGGCGAAUAUGUUGCAACAAGGGAGCAAAGGAUAAGGUAUGGUACAUCAAUGAGUCAGUUUCUUCGAGCCCUUACACAUGUUAAACGUCUAGCUGUUUCUGAUGCAACCUUAAAGUCUCUCUCCUUUGCAGAGGAUCUAUUAGGGAAUUUGCCAACAUUUCAUAAUACCAAACAGUUGAUCAUGACUUCUGGAGAAACUGCUGAUAAAGCAUUAAUUGCUUUGCUCAAAGCAAUACCUAACCUGGAGUCGCUCGUAUUUGACAUGGAUCCUCCGUGUAGUGAUGACGAAGAAGAAGAUUAUGUUGCUGGUAACAACGCUGAUGGCGAACUCAACCUUGACAACAAAGAUGAUGAUUGGAAACUCGAUCUGGUAACUCCUGGAUGCUUACUUGUACACCUUAAAUCGGUUUGCUUUAAGGAUUUUACUGGGAACCCAGGGGAGAUAAAGUUGGUGCAACUGAUUUUGAAGAUUGCAAAAGCUUUGCAAACAAUGACUAUUUCCUCUUUCCAUUAUUCUGCUCUUGGAAAUAGAAAGAGUAAAGAACUUGAGGCGGAGAUAACAAGUCUUCCAAGAGCCUCAACAAGUUGUGUGUUUAAGUUCCCCUCUUGGCAUUCCUAGUCAGUUGAUUUACGUUAGCAAGUAAAUAAAUAGGAAUUUCUAUCUUAGUUUUACACAGUGAACCUUUAUCCAUCUCCAGAUCUGCAUGUGAUCCUGGAUUCUUUUCCAGUUCUGACUCCCAAAAUAGUUGGUAAGCCAUUUAAAAAGGCCAAAAUGAGAAACAAGUCUGUAGAUUUC